CAAUAGUCCUAAUGAAGACGGAGAACUGCUUCGCGGCCCCGCCCCUGGCGGAAGGAGCCGCAGCGCAGCCGUCCAGCGCAGAUCGGACGGCCAGGGGAGCCUCGAAGUACCUCGCUGGCCUCCCGUCCCGCGGCCUCUUCUCCUCCGCUGUCCUCUCCUCCAACCCGGGUGGCAUACGGGUUUACGUGUGUGAUCAUGAGACCGCGCCACCAGAGGGCCAAGUAAUCAAGACAAACUCAACAAAUAUAUUGAUCAGAGCUCUCCAAAUUAACAAACAAAAGAGUGAUGCAAAGGAUGUAAUUGCUAAAUCUGCAGCAGAUAGCAGCACAGUCAAAAGAUCUGCUGUCAGAACUUCGGAGAGAAGGUCUCCACCAAAAAAGAUGAAGACUAGUUCUGCUUCUACUAGUCAUCGAGGCAGUUGCAGUUCUGAAUUAUCUGAGAAGAAACUUCAGACGAUGACCGUAGAGCGAUUACGUGCACUUUUGAAAGAGAGAGGACUCUCACCAAAAGGGAAAAAGGAUGAACUGAUCGCUCGCUUGAAAGACGAAGCAUAGUAGAAGGAAUCAACAAAUUUCUACAAUGAUGUUGCACCAAAAUGCGGUACCAGCUUCAAGACCAACGGCAGGAGCAUCAAACACUUCAAGAUGCCUGUUUGGCCGAUGGUGCAUUUUCUUUGCUGCCCUGCUGGUGUUCUUUGUUACUUUAUCUCGCGUAGAAGUAGCAUGACAACAAUAUGCAAGGGGCUGUGACAAUUGAGCUGUCUAAUGUAAUCAAUAUGUCCUUGUGUUUCUUUGUGUUCAGUCUGAUGCGGGCUUAGUUAGUUUAGACUGAGGUCGUUGUCUUGAUGUAGAAUCUGCUCUCCAAGUUGUGUUUGAUAAAGAAUCGACUUGAUCCUUUAGCGA